AUGCUCUAUUCGAUGCGAUAUGUUUUGAGGUUAUGUCGGAGGCAAGCAGUUUUACAAAACAAACGAAUAACACAAGCUCGAGCUAUAACAAGCGUUGAAACAGAACAAAAAUCAGACAAAAAUGAUGAUACGAAACACUAUCCCGAGUUGUUACAGAAAUACAAAGACAAAAUAAUUUUUAACUCGUACUUAGAAAACGAUAAGCUGAAAUUAGGCUACUUUAAGUAUCACAAGAAAGUCCUUAAACAAGCAAAAGCCACGUUAAAGAAAGAAUUUCAGGAGAAAAGUUUACCCCCACUCCCAGUGGCAUUACAGUACUAUGUAGACAAAGACAAAUUACUUUCAGUUGAAAACACAACCAACCAAGUCUUAGAACCUGACAAAGAGCUGCAGCUUCCCUUUGGGUCGUCUACGAAAAUAGAAUAUGAUGAAAAGUCAGAGAUUCCAUCACAAUCAGCUUCUAAUGCUAAGGAAGUAACAUCAUCUCUACCACAGCCUGAACAAGUAUUUGAUAGAUCAGACAUAAAUAAAUGGAUGACAAACUAUGAGUACUUUGAUGACAGCAAAAUGUUAUCUGAAGACUUGGAAGAUGGAUCUGAAGAUCAAAGUGACUGGUCCAAGUACUAUGGUACUCCUGAUCCUACAGUCCGAGUGAGUAAAGUGGCAUGUGGGGGCUGCGGUGCUCUGCUUCACUGUAGCGACCCUGCCAUCCCAGGAUACUUGCCGAGUGAGAUCUACAAGGGCAGAGCAGUAGAGGAACUCAAGACUAUGGAGUGCCAAAGAUGUCAUUUCCUCAAGGAGUACAACAUUGCACUGGAUGUCAGUGUUGAGCCAGAAGAGUAUGAGAAAUUAUUGGAAUCCAUCAGAAAUGUAAAAUCCCUAGUUCUACUAAUGGUUGAUUUACUUGACUUUCCCUGCUCAAUAUGGCCGGGCAUUGUGGACAUCAUAGGGACAGACAGACCCAUAAUACUUGUUGCUAAUAAGGUGGACUUGCUGCCUGGUGACAGUAUUGGAUAUUUGAAACGUGUUAAAGAAUCCCUUAUGACACAGAUAAAAAACUCGAAGCUAAAUGACGCAAACAUAAAGCAUGUUGCUCUGAUAUCAGCUAAAACAGGUUAUGGAGUAGAAGAGCUCAUCUCAGCCAUGUUCAAACUGUGGCUGUGCAAGGGCGACGUGUUCCUUGUGGGCUGCACCAAUGUAGGCAAGAGCUCUUUGUUCAAUGCCUUGCUGCAGUCUGACUACUGCAAAGUGCAUGCUGUGGACAUCAUCAAACGUGCCACUGUCAGUCGCUGGCCAGGCACAACACUAAAUCUUCUCAAAUUCCCUAUCAACAGACCUUCAGGUUGGAAAAUAUACCAAAGAACACGAAGAUUGCAAUCUGAAGCUAAACUCUACAAAAUUGAAAAAGAAAUUAGAAAUGCUCAGUUGCAAGGUAAAACACCUGAGGAGGCUCCCGCCUUGAUUGGACAUAUAGGGCGGUCAUUCUCUGAACUCUAUGACAUUGACAAUAUUGAUUUAGAAAAACAAAGAAUGACAGUUUUCAAUGAAAGGAAUAAAAUAUUUGCAAAGAGCAAAUGGUUGUAUGACACCCCUGGAGUGAUCCACCCUGAUCAAGUGCUGUCUCUCCUUAGCACUGAGGAAUUGCUUGUAACCAUUCCUAAACAAUUGAUCAAACCACAGACCUACUACAUAUAUGAAGGUUACACGUUAUUUAUUGGCGGUCUGGCUCGGGUAGACCUCGUCGACAGUGCGGAGCCUUGUCGCUUUACUAUAUUUUGUUCCGAGAGCUUGCCAAUAACUGUUACAAAGACUGAGGAUGCUGACGACAUGUACGACAAGUUUGUGGGCACGGAGCUGUUCGCAGCGCCCAGCGGGGGACGCGCGAGACUCAGCAGGUGGCCGGGCCUGCAGCAUGCUGCGGACUUACUGGAGUUUACUGGGGAAGGACCCAAGUUGCUCUGUGGGGAUAUUGUGUUGUCUUCGGUGGCUUGGGUUGGAGUCACAACUAAGAAGGGAACGAGUUGUAAGGUGCGCGCGUGGACACCGGAGAGAAGAGGAAUCUAUAGACGGCAACCUUCGGUUUUGCCAUACUCUAUUAAUUUGAAGGGCAAGAGGUUGCGCGACACGCCAGCGUAUUUAGUCGGAAAAGUGUUCUCUGAUGAAGAAUAG